AUGGGCGUCGAAACAAUAUCGGUUCAUGAUUCUCCCAAUGCCCUUGAGGUUCCGAUCGAGGAGAAAGCGCUCAGUCCGCCACCGCCGUCAGCUGUCCCUGACGGAGGCAUAAGAGCAUGGCUUCAAGUGCUUGGAUGUUGGCUCGUAUUUUUCAAUGUCUGGGGGUUCACCUUUUCGUUUGGUCCUUUCCAGAGCUACUACGAACUCGACCUUCUGAAGGACACGUCACCAUCAAACAUCUCUUGGGUCGGGACGAUCGCAGCCUAUCUUCUGAUCCUCACCGGCGUCAUUUCUGGCCCAGCAUUCGACCUGGGUUACUACAAAAUGAUGCUGUUCGGUGGGGCGGCCAUGUCCAGUUUCGGCAUCUUCAUGCUUAGUCUCUCACAUAAAUACUACCAAAUCUUCAUGACUCAGGGCAUUUGCUUGGGUUUGGGUUGUGGCGUUUUGUACAUCCCAGGACUAGCCCUUGUCAGUCGGUCGUUCAGCAGGCGGAGAGCAAUGGCCAUGGGAAUUGUCACCAGCGGUGCACCAGUUGGAGGUAUUAUAUAUACCAUAACCUUCGAUCAAGCCAUCGACUCUCUGGGUUUUGCAUGGACAGUAAGGGUGAUGGGCUUCAUCAUGAUGGGGUCUUACAUUAUUGCAUUUCCUCUCUUGCUUUGGGGGACCGCAAACACCGGCGAUAUUUCUAGUGGGACAGUUCGCAAGCUGUUUGACAUAGCAGCACUGAAAGAUCUGGCUUUCUGGUUGUAUACAUGGUCCAACUUUUUCUUGUUCUGUGGCUACAUGGUGCCCUUCUUCUACAUGGCAAGUUAUGCGCAGGUCGAACUGGGCUUGUCACGUUCCUUGGCGCUGUAUUCUAUUGUGAUAGCUCAGGGCGUGUCUGUUGUCGGACGACUGCUAGCCGCCACGGCAGCCCUUCGCUUCGGGGUCAUGAUUCCCUGGUUGACCUGUGGGACCCUUUCCGGAGUGCUUUGCAUGGCAUGGGCAGGUGUACACAGCACAGGUUCCUUUCUGGCAUUUGCGGCCUUGUAUGGAGGUUUUAGUGGUGCUCUAAUCCCCCUUCCACCCAGCAUCUUCCCCGUCGUCUGUCCCGACCCUAAAGUUCUCGGGGCGCGCCUUGGGAUGGCUCAGGCGGUCGGCGCCACUGCUUCUUUGAUAGGCAGCCCCAUUGGAGGGGCCCUGGUUGGAAUUGGUGGCCAUGGCUACCUUGGUUUACAGCUCUGGAGUGGGCUUGUUAUGAUGGUCGGGGCAUGUUUCCUGCUCUGUUUAUGGAUAACACUGGUGAAGAGAAGGCAUUGCAAGACCUUCAUCUAG